AUGAAUAAUCUUGUGGUGGCAUUCGUGCUGUUCUUUCUCGCCACUGGCGCGGUGGCCAUAAACUUCGAAUUCGAUAUCGACGCUGGACUUGCACUCCCUGUUGAGAAUCCAUACGAAGAAAUUGCACAAGAAUAUGAAAUGAACCAAAUAGAAUUCGGAAGCAGCCUCAACAAAAAGCCAACCGUUAAGGUGUCCAACGUCAAUUCCCACGGACUUCAUGAGUUUACACCUAUUAGCGAUACUAUUGUCCAGAGUGAUACAAAGUACUACUCUUUCAGUGUGAACACCACCUCUGGGUUAGGAGAGUUCUACGAAUUGUUGAUCUUUAUCACGGGUAAUAUUUGUACGCAGCCAUCAAACGUAGGAGCCAACCAGACCAGUUUAGCUGUGUAUUAUUCAUUUAAUUCGUCUAUAUUCACUAAUAUAGAAUACUCAACUAUGGUGUUAUUUGAAAAUGGCUAUGUCCAGUCAUUGGCCGAUGUGGCUGUGAACUCUAACAAUAACGAGUCGGUGCUAUAUAUUGUAGUGCGGGCGCCUGAAAACGUCAACAAAACGGCUACAUGGACAUAUCAGAUCGGAGUUUCCCAGAACGAUUUAGUAUUCCAGUGGGAUGAUCAGACCUGGGCACAAUUCAUAGAUUCAGACGAUGAUUCGGCUCUUGUAGUUACCGGUAAUUUGACCAAUGUUCAGGGACUUAACAUCACGGAGUUGAAUGCAACAAGAUCGCAGUUUUCGUUGUAUGUCUAUUCAAAUGACUAUAGACACUAUUUCGAUACCCUCAACAGCAGUUGGUGUGCAGUUAGAAACGGCCCAGCUCUUAUGAAUCCUGCUACUAUAGAAAGUAGCUAUACCAGCAGACAGGGCUCGCUUCACCAGCAAUUCCAUCUCACGGGACUUAACAAAUCGACGAAAUACAUAGCGUACUUGAUCUCCGACUUCCACGGAAGCGACUUUGGAGGAGCGGUGUAUCGUCCCUUUGAGUUUGAAACGUUGGACACUGAAGCCUGUGAACUAAUCUAUAACUUAGAAUUUUGCAACCAGAUUGCCUAUUCGGUACCGGCUACACCAGGUGGUUCUAAGGAAGAAGUUCGAUCUCUCUACGAUAAUCAAGCAAGAAACCUCUUCACCAACUUCAGUAAGGCUAUCCAGCAAAUUCUGUGUGAUACUGAGGAUACGGCCCAAUUCUCUCCUAUUAAAACCUGCAGUGAUUGUAUAUCUUCAUAUAAGGACUGGCUCUGUGCUAUCACCAUUCCUCGAUGUUCAACCAGAAACAUAACCGGAUACACCGAAAGAAAGCCAGGUGAAUCUCGUAAUAGUUUUAUCAAUGACAUUGUUAUGCCCAACUUGUCUUACUACGAAGUUAUGCCCUGUGUCAAUAUCUGUGAAGCUAUAGUGAGAGACUGUCCGGCUCAGUUUGGAUUCAUGUGUCCCACCACCAACGAAACUAUACGACAAUCGUACUACUGGGAUAACGGGGGACAAUGGCCUACUUGUAACUAUGUCGGCAAGUUGACCGUCGUGACUAAUGCUGCCUUCAGGGCAUCCAUGGUUAAUUGGUUUAUGUUGGUUCUCCUGGUAGCUUUAACAGUAUUGGUGUAG